AACACACGUUCAGCUGAGAGUUCGUCUGCAGCAGCUGAAGGUUGUUGGUUCGUUAAGCUCUGAUUGGUCAGGACUGCUCUCUGCUCGCAUUGAUAAACCUUCACCUGUGACCCUUUCAGUACUGUGGCCUUCAUGAUGGAGAUGGCGAGGCUCUUCCUGGGGUUUUCCCUCUUUGUUCUGCUGGUUGUGCCGUCACGUGGUUUUCCUGCUAAAGGCUCUAAAUCUACAGAUCAGAGCAGCGGUGACCAAAAAACCACCUUUGGGUCCCACAGAGGAUCCCAGACGAGCCGCUCUGCGCCUGUGCAGUACCGCCCUCAUUCCGGCGCCGUCUCUCAGCCGGUUCCAGUAUUUGUUCAGAGUCCUGGUGUUCCCAUGGUCCCGUCAGGGUACCCUGAGGGGGCCGAAUACCCCGUGUUUUCUGUCCCCGUUCAGACCGGAUAUGCUGUUCCUGUAGGAGUCUCUGAGGCCGCUCAGCUCUCGGCGCAGGAUCCUGGAUUCUCCCAGUUUGGUCAGACCGGCCCAGUGAUGGUGGGUUCUGGUUCCCCUGUGAUGGUGCUCCAUGAAGGAGCUGGUUCCACACAGCCAGGUCCUGCUCAAGCUGCUCUGCCAGAAACCAGGUGGGCUGUUGCUCCUCCAUCUUUCUCUGAGCCAGCAGCUGAUCUCCAGCCUGUGGGCUCCAGUGACUUCCUGCCACCGGUCCCUCCACCUGGACCUGUCCUCCAGUCUGGAGAAACUUCCAACGUUGUGAAGGAAGCUGAACUCGGCAACUACCAGCAGCAGACGGAGGAGUUCGGUUACCCGGCUGAGGCGGCGCCGCCUGGAGCUGCUUUCACCAGCGUGGUGGUUCCAGGCCGAGGACUCGGUGGCUUCUGGGGGUCUCCUUAUCCUGGCUUUGACUACAGGCUCCUGUAUGGUCUGUACCCUCCUGGAACCUACACCACCUUCAGCCAGAACCACGAGAAGGGUAAGGACUACUACCAGUCCAUCCACUACCUGAAGGAGCACGUCUCUGAAGAUCAAGGUCCUCAACAGCAGCAGAAGGUCUUCCAUGGUCAACAGCAGAGAUCUUAAAGAUCAACAUCUGCUGCAUAUUCAGCUUUCUGUCAAACUUGGAUGUUUAAGUGUAAUCAAUAAAAGAAGUGAAAGUAA